AUGACGUCAAGUAGUUAUAAGGACGAUGUUGAUAAAAAUAGAGCCAAUCGGUACUCUAGUCUGUACCAUGAUUGGUUUAUGAUUGGUGUAGGAUGUUUUACAUACUUUCUCGUUGGUCUAUCACUUACUCUGGUUUAUGUACUAUGUGAGAUGGAUUAUUUCAUGUUAUCUGGUUUAUUUCGUAUUCAGAGAUUCUUUUCAGACGAUGCAUAUUACUUCAGUAAACAGGUAACAUUGAUAUAUGGUGUUAUUGGAUUCAUCUUGACAUUGUUGAUUGGACCAAUUGGUAAGGUGUCAUGUAUAUUGUGGUCUUGGGUCUUAACAUUGACAUAUCUUGUGGUGGGAACAUACUCGUACUUGUUUAGAUUUACUCAGUAUGGCAAGCUUUUAAUUAAAUCAAUGAGCAUAAUAUCACUCAUAACACAUAUCCUGAUGUGUAACUUCAUAUUCUUCCUAUUUGAUCCUAUGAAUAAGGACAAAAUUAAAGCGAACGAGUCAUCAGAUAGUAAUGGUAAACACUCAAGUGUGAUUGGACCAUAUGGAUCACUUGUGUAUUAUAGGGUCAUAUUGUUCCUCGUCGGAUUUUUCCUUGGAUCUCCUCUUGUUUCGUGUGUGUUGAGGAUGAGUCUCUCGGCUACUACAUUUUCUGAAAAGGAUCCCAUCAUGUCUUCAGUUGACUUGUGUAGAAUAAUGAUGCUGAUGUUCUCAAUAACCGUCAUGGCCAGUACAUUCCUAACACUCACGUUCUCAAAUGGCCUUAGUCCUGUAACAGAUCACAUUUGGUUUCCGUUUAGUAUGAUAUCCUAUAGAACAUUUAAGAAGACCAUGUUUAACUUCUUUGAUCUUGAGUUGCUACUUGUUGUAUGGAUCAUCAAUCCUCUAAUCAUGACUCUAAUUCCGUACACAACUAGGAUCCACUUUGAGUUCCAUAAAUUCUCUUUAGUUCACAGAUUGCUUUUUGCAGUCAUGCUCAUUGCCAUAAUGAUACUUAUGCAUAGAGACAUUAUCUAUAGCUGUAUCAGGACCAUCAAAUUAAUUAACGCAUCAAUAUUCAACAUCUUGUAUACUGAUGGAUACACGCAGAUAUGUGAUGAACACCUUAGGAAGGAACCAGUAUCAACAACUCCAUAUUCUAACUACACUGUGAGAACAAACGUUAGUACAGAACCGAUGGUUGUUCCACAUGAGAUUUCAAUUCAAUCAGUUGUAUCAUAUCCUUAUCUUGAGAAUGGCUGGGAUGAUGUUGAAAAUGAAGAUAAAAAGCUCUUAUGGAGGUCAUAUCACAUGCUUCAAUCACUUCAGAGACUAACACAUCUCAUUAAUACUGGAGGUGAUAUGGAUAUCCGUAACAUCUUCUCUGACCCAGAACUAUCACUGUGUAAGCCACAAAUAGAUAAUUCAGAUGAUAUAUCAGAGAACAAUGCUGAUGACUCAAUGAAAAGCAUAGUCUUUCUACUGAAUGAGUACAGAAGUGAGCUGUUAUCAAUGUUAGGUAAUACAAUUAAUAGAUACUGGUUUGACAAAUUCGUUUUUUCACGUUCUGAAUGUUGUACAACCAACUUGCUUUUUCGCAUAGUUCUCACUUUAUUGAUCAAGUUUAAAAAACUGGAUUCGUCAAUUUCUCAAUUCCCAUCAUGUACAUGCUAUUCUUCUAUUAUUUCCCUUUUUUAUAUAAUUUUACUUCUCUCCGUAAUUGCUACUUCAAAAAUUUUGUUCAAGUUAACUGAUCACAUGACUGAAGAGGAAACACAAAACAUUCAGUCUGAUCAAUCGCUCAGGUCUACUAUACUAUUACAGAAUAUAUCUAGGUUGACAAAAGAUUUGAAUGAUCUUGUUUGGAUUUUACUGUCUAAUAGUUCAUUACUUGAAUCUAGAAUGGUUUUGCUUAGAUUAUGUGAGUAUGAAUUUAAAGUAUCCGCUAUUCUCGAAGUACUCAAACCAGUUGAUAAUUGUUGUUGUGUUUGCUGUUAUAAAUGCAAAAAUAACAAGGUUGAGGGUGAAAAUAAUGAUAAUAAUAAAGAAUGUAAUCUAAAAGAAAAGUUGACUGUUUUAAACCCAAAAGGUUUGAGUUCGUAUACUGAUUUUUUAUCUGAAAACAUAGUUGAAGGAAAUCACCCCUGUAUGUGCAUAGUUAUUAAGUAUCGAUUAAUUGAAAAUGUCAAGAUAUCUCGAUGUUAUCUCCGCAAUAAGUCUCUUAACGUCUUAAGCACUAUUGGAAGAAAAUUUGAAAAGCAUUCUUAUUCAGCAACUCAACUUUUGGAUGUUUCGAAAUUUAUUUAUUUUGUUAUAGACACCUUGUUAAAUUUAACAUUUUGGAUGAAAAGAAGAUAUCUUUGUAAUUGUGACAAAAGUAAGUGCUGUAGCUCUGAUGGUAACAAUAAUUGUACAUGUUGUAAUGGUGAUAAAGUAAAAUGCUGCUUGUGUCCGAGUUCGAAAUCUGAAUGUAAAUGUUCUUGUAAAUCUGGUAAUACUUGCAACGAAUUAUGUUGUCGAGGGCAAUCUCACAGUGGGAAUAAUUGCGUUUGUUGUAGAUGCUGUUGUAGUUGUUUUUGCAAAAAGUCCCAUGAUGAAUAUUAUUUCUAUUUCAUAACAAUGAUUUUUUAUAUAUCCCAACUCUUUGAAGACGUGUUCACAUUUGACAAUGAAAAAAUUCGAAUGGCCAUCCAAUUUAUAUCCAGUUUGGUUUUUUAUUAUGAUCCAUUCAAUUUUUCUAAAAAUUCAUUUUCAUCAAAACGUACUUUUAUAAAUUAUUACAGACUCGUUUUGAAUCCUAAAUCAGAUCCAAUAACCAAAAUUGAAUCUGGCACAAUUUUAAAACUAAUAAAUGGUCAAAUAGUUUUUUUUUUCAGAUUUUCCGAGAUAACCAUAAAUUUGAAUUCAGAAUUGUUCAAAAAAGUUUUUCAAAUAAUCUCUGAACUGAUAUUUUUUAUAAUUAAAGGUGGUUUUAUUUCAACCAAAGUUGAUGGAAAUAUUGUAGGAAUACUAAUUCGUCUUUCAAAUAAAUAUAUUUUGAUCCUAUUUAAUGAAGAAUUAAAACAAACACAGCAGGCUUUGAAUUGUCAUACAGAUAACAAUAAAUGCAACUGUAGCCGUUGUAAAAUAUUUUGGUCGUCUUUAUACUUAUUUUCCAUAAAAUAUAAUUCAAUAGCUUCCCUGCUACAAAAUCUUGGGAUAAUAAUUUCCUUAAAUAUAGGUUUGGGCAAAGUGAAUAUAUAUUAUAACGAAUUCCUGAUAAGAUUUACCAAGAACUCCAGGAUAAGCGAAUCUACACAUGGCCUGUUAUAUGAAAGGAAUGGUAAUUUUGACCACAUUAAUCCUAAGUACUUUGGUUACGAUGAUGUUUAUAGACCCAGUCCACAGUUUGGAUCAGGAUACUUCAAAUUUGUGAUUACCAGAGUGUUCACUGUCAUUGUACUGGUGGUUCUGUUCAUAUUCAUAAGGACUAGAUUUGACAGAUUUGUCAAUACUGAUAUCUUUGGCAGAUACUUGAUCAAGGUAGACUCUAACAUUGGUAGGCUCAGGGAGGUACUUCACAACAGACUAAGUCACAGCGUUAGGAACAUUAGCAGGAUGGGAAGUCUUGACGAUCUCCUAGGUGACAUGACAGAAGGUGAUGUUGGUCAUAACCUAGUCUUUCAUCAUCCAGAGCGGUAUCAAGAUGUCAUUGAUAAUAUGGGUAUGGCUGACAUGGGUCACUAUGAUGCUAUGUCUGAUAUUGACACACUUUCUGACACAUUCACAGAUGCCAGCUUUGAUGGAAGCACUAAGGCUGUCCAGGAGUCCAGGAGAAGAAAGGUUGGAUUCUACAUCCUCAUCAUUGUGUUCUCACUUCUGUCUGCACUGUAUCUGAACUUUGUAGUUAGAGACCUAUCUGUAAUGCUACAGCUAGAUCAUACCACCUGGUCUUACUUCAUAAGCAUUACGGUGUUGAUGGGUAUGAUCAUCAGUCUAGUGGUUAAGUAUUGUGUGCACCUAUAUGACUUCGUGUAUGUGCUGGAGAACUACAGUAAUAAGCUGACUAAGAUUGAGAGCUUUGUCGAUGACAGUUUUGGUGGAGUCACUGGUAACCUAACUUACACAUCUAAGUUUGUACUGCUGUUCCAAUUGCUGAGGAGUAUGAAGACUGACCUAGUAUCUCUGUUUAGUAUGAAUUAUCCAUAUCAAAUACCUGCACACAGUCUGAUGAAGAAUAAGGUAUAUCCCUACAAGGACAUGACUGGUGGCAUGGAGAGAAUGAUGACAUGUGAGAACAUCGAGUGUAUCAGGAAGAUGGUUUUAGAGUCCAUUGGCACUCCAGAAUCCAUGGAUCUGCAAAAUGUACUUGACUUCGUAUCUUAUGUUACUGUCAGAAACACAGCUGAGUUUGAUCAGUACCGUGGUUACUUUAGUGGCUUUGAACGGUACCUGGCUUGGAGACUUGGGAAACUGCUUGGUCAUAACUUCUUCCUACUGACCUAUGGCAGAUACUCAUGUAUGCUUGAGAUGGAUCAUAGGAUUAGGAAACUCAGAAUACCAAGCACACAGUUUCUUAACUGUCAGUUCCUGUGGCAACUAUUUGGCAAUUAUGAAUCUGACCUCAUAUCACUCAAGUGCUUGGGUGAAGAUUCAAUAGGUAUUCCACUAACGCAUGUUCAGAAGGAUGUCCUCAAGAAUAAGUUCGCUGAUGAAUACCUUGAUGAGUUCAAAAAGUACCAAGAGUUCUUGAUCAGGAAACUUCAUAUUAAAGCCUCUAAGUGUUAUGACUCUCCCAGCUGUUACUUUCCAUAUCCAGAACUCAUCAACACUACACUUGAUAGGGACAAAGUCUCUAGACUGACAAGAGAGUACUUUGGUGACAGCAGCAGAAGACUAAGUCUAUCACUGCCAACAACCAACUGUGAUGUUACAAACAAGAUUGUCAACGGAAAAGGUGCUGAGUCACCUGGUGUUUCAGUUACUCAGUUCUGUGAUCACUGGUUAGAUAUGAGACUUAGUUGUUGUGAGACUGAGGAUUGUGAGAAGGGAGUCAGAUUUGCACACGACCUGAUAAUGUCAAAACUAAACGGUGACUGUAAUGUAUUUGAGUCAAUAAGGGAUACCGUUGCUAAUCUUAAGCUUAGUAUCCUUAAUACAGAAGAGACUUAUGAGACACCAGAGGAUAUCCACGUACCCGUAAAGUCCUCAGAGCAUAGAUCACUGAAGGACUAUACUGAUAAGCUUACAGAGUUUAGAUAUCAGACAACAGAUAACUACCAGGAUACAGUGCUGGAUUACCUGAACAGAUACAUGAUUGAGACUAUGACUAAUAGGGAGAAAAUCAUGGUGCCACUAGGAAUAUUCCUUACCUGGUACGGAAUACCAGUAUGUGAACAGCAUUUAAGGAAUAUGGGUAAAUUUCAGUAUCUGAUAUAA